GCUGAACCAGCGUCCGCCAUUUUGUUUUGCGUCGUCGCCUAAAUGGUCUCAUCUGACAUCUCCUGCAAACUGACCCGACUUUUACGGAAUUCCAGAAGUCGUGGGGAGUGUUAACCACCAUAGACCCACAGAGAUGGCUGAGUUCACAUGUGUGCCUCCUGUUAAAGAGGAACAAACGGCGAACGCGACGCACACCAAAGAGGAGGAAACAGGAGACAACAGACGGCAACAUAAUGAACAAGAGAACGUGCUGUGCCAGGAAACGUACAGUGUGUAUCAGAAAACACACGACUGCUACCAGGCAGCCCAACCAACCGGACAUCCUUGGGACGAGACUUACAACAGAUGGGGACAGACAACAGACACAGGACGGCAGCAGGACGAGAAAAAGGACGUUCCAAACGACGAAACGUGUGGUGUAAAAGCGGAAAAGGAAGAGUCCAGGUAUGAGCUUUCUCCUGCAAAACUGUGUGCUGGAAAUCCUGAGAAUGAGACCGACCAUUCUGGACACCCUGGGAAUGAGAUGGACCAUACUAGACGCCCUGGGAAGGAGAGGGACAGCAGGGAGACCCAUACAACAGACGUGGGUCUGCUGCAGGAAACUUGUGAUGUGAACUUAAGAGACAAACCUUACAAGUGUGAUCAGUGUGGCUAUUCCGCAGCACUGGAAUCGCUUUUGGUCCAACAUCUGACAAAACACACUGAUGAGAAACCCUACACGUGUGCAGAGUAUAGGUACAUGGCAGUGCACAAAUCUAACUUAUCCCAACUCAUGAGAACCCAUACAGAACAAAAACCCUACAAGUGUGACCAGUGCAACUAUUCUACAGACCGGGAGUUUCAUUUGGUCCAACAUUUGAGAAGACACACCGGAGAGAAGCCCUACAUGUGUGGGGAGUGUGGAUUCAGGACUGCUUACAAGUCCAGCUUAUCCGUACAUAUGAGAAUCCAUACAGGAGAAAAACCCUACAAGUGCGGCCAGUGCAACUAUUCUGCAACACAGGAAUCGCAUUUGGACAAACACCUAAUGAUACACACCGGUGAGAAGCCCUACAUGUGUGGGGAGUGUGGGUACAGAACGACUCAAAAGUCGGCCUUAUCCAAACAUAUGAGAACCCAUACUUGCGAGAAAUCCUACAAGUGUGAUCAGUGUGACUUUUCUACAGCAUAUAAAUCGUCUUUGGAUAAACAUAUGAGAAAGCACGAAAUAGAAGAUUCCAGCCGUGAAUGCUUCGGUGAUGGAAGGUGUGCUAGAGAUCCAGGGAAGGACAUGGGCAACACUGGACGUCGUGGCAAGGAGAUGGACCACACUGGACACCCUGGGAAUGACAUGGACUGCACAGACCAUAUUGGGAAGGAGGGUGACAGUAGGGAGACCCAUACAACGGACAUGGGUGUGCUGCAAGAUACGUGUGAUGUGAACUGCCCCAAACCUGACAAUACAUCAACCUCACAGGUACAGGAGACCAUAAGCAAUAUGGGAAGUACCGUAUUUCUUGUACCUUCGUCCCUUGUGCCAGUCCAGGUUGUUGACAAGCAUGUGCUUAAACAGACUGGCGAGAAACCCUAUAUGUGUGACGUAUGUGGGUCCAGGACUCUUCGAAAGUGUAACUUAUCCCUACAUAUGAAAACCGAUAAAGAAGAAACCUCUAACGAAUUUGACAAGCGUGACUAUUCUGCAGCUCAAAAGAGCCAUUUGGACAAUCGACUGGUCGCAAAAUACAGUGUUAACAAAUCUUACAUGUGUGAGAAGUGUGGGUACAGAACAGCUGGCAAUUCGCACCUUUCCCGACAUAUGAAAACGCAUACAAGAGAAAACUCCCAGAAAUGUGACCGUUGUGACUUUUCCGCUGUACGAAAAGGCGAUUUAAACCGACACAUGAGGGUAAAACACCCCGAUAGAAAACCCUACCUGUGUGGGGAGUGUGGAUAUAGGGCGGCCAAAAAGUCCAACCUAUCCCAGCAUAAGAAAACACAUACCUACAAGUGUGAUGAGUGCGGCUAUAUAUUCAGCAGCACUUAAAGAGUGCGGAUAUAGAACAGCAUACAGAUCUUCCCCUAUCUUACAUAAAAGAACACAUACUGGUGAGAAACCCUUCUUGUGUGAGGAAUGUGAGUACAGAGCGACUAACAGGUCCCACCUUUCUCGGCACAUCAGAAGACAUACUGGAGAAAAACCCUACAAAUGUGACCAGUGUGACUAUUCUGCAGCACUGAAAUCUGCAUUGGACCACCAUCUAAGAACGCACACCGGUGAGAAGCCCCACAUGUGUGAAGAAUGCGGACACAGAACGAUAACAAAGCCCGCCCUAUUGAGGCAUAUGAGAACACAUACAGGUGAAAAACCUUACGGUUGUGACCUUUGCGGCUAUUCUGCUGCGGAUAAAUCUUGUUUAGAACGGCACGUCAUGGUAAAACACACGGGUGAGAAACCGUACAUGUGUUGGGAGUGCGGAUACAGGACGGCUGAUAGCUCCCAUUUUUACAAACAUAUGAAAAACAUUUUGGCGAGAAGCCAUCCCCGCGUAAGAAAACACAUAAGUGUGAUGAGUGUGACUAUUCAGCAUCACAGAAAUGCCGGUUGGACCAACACAUCAUAAGUAAACACACUGGGGAGAAACCCUACAGGUGUGACAAGUGCGACUUCAGAACGUCCUCCAAGUCCCAUCUAACCCUACAUAUAAAAAAACAUUCUGCCUAGAAAAACCCGCAUAGAUGUUAGUUACUAGCAAUGGACACGCCGCAAGUUGGUCGGAAAAUACAGUAUGGAUACGAUGAUUUUGAUCAAGCAGAAUUAGUUUGACUCUUGGAAACCAACCGUUGGACUAAUGAAUGUUAAUGCCCAACACCCUUUGACUUCUUGUAUUUUCGCCAUAUCACUGAGAAACCCUAGAUCGAGCAAUAAGACCACAACACGUACAUGUCUAUUGAACACAUAUUGUUAUUAUAUUUUUAACUUGUACUGACGCACACGUUCUGGUACGGAUAUUCUAGACUACAGCCACAGUUGAGCAGCCUUUGUUUCACCCUUAAAGAUUAUGUUUUGAAUACGUAUAGCUCUCCCCAAACACGGGACUUCCAGUACCGCUGCAGUAUUCCAUAAUCAAGAUACAAGCCGAAUGGUCUUGAUUAUUCAUUUAUUCAACCAUCCAUUCCUUACAGCGUUAUUAUUUCACAACCA